AUGGAUAAAUUGGAGCAACAACAACAACAGUUGCCAUGCAAUGUGGCAACGAUGACCACAUUAAAGACAACGACGACUACCACCACGACAACAAUAACAGAACAUAACUUCUUGGUUCCAUCUGGACAGGAUGUCCCACUGAUAGUCAUUUCACCAAAGCUUGACGGCGCAUCACCUUCGCCCUCGACCUCGCCCUCACCCUCGACCUCACCCAACAACAAACAGCAACAACUCGAUGUAUGCGACACAACAAUAACAGGAGGAGUAGACAACAUAGGCGAUGUCAUUCAAUCAUCAUCAAAUCUGACAGAGUUGCCAGACACUGCGAGCAGCAGCAUCACAAACAACAAUAGCGAUAUAUUAUACAAGGGCACGCCAUUGAUAGUGGAUGAAUGCCAGCUGGAACAGUUACACAUUAGUGCGUUGGGCCGCACUUCAAUCUCACCGCCAGAGAUAUCUCUGGUAACAAUGAUUCCAUCCGCGCCAGAGUCUGCGCAGCCAACAGCCCCCGCCACUGCAACAACUGGCGCGACAACAACCCUGACGACCACCACCACGACGACUACCACACCACAACAACAAUCAUUCACUCGCCAGCAGCAGCCACUGGUGUCACGUAGCCCAUCUGUACCCAUUAUCAGACAGCGCGUACCAAAGCCCAGCCGCCACAAGUCGUCGUCUUCUGGCGAGCGUUCUUUGCUGCAUGCCGUGUUGGUGCAAGAGGAGAUCAAGACCCUCGUCAACCAGGAGGACUUUAAUGCUCGCGACACAAAUGGCAACAGUUUACUACACAGGGUAUCCAUCAUUGGCUCGAUCUUGGCCAUUCGCCAUCUCGUCCUUCGCGGAGCACGCGUCAACUCGGUGAACAACAGUGGUGUCACCCCACUGCACUACGCCGCGUGCGCCAAUCCCCAGAGCGUGGAGAUCCUGCUCUACUAUGGCGCGAUGCCUAACGCCAAGGACAACAACAAGGAGACACCACUGUUCUACGCGGUCGAGCGUGGACAGUUCGCAACUGUGUCUCUGCUGCUGAUGCGUGGCGCCAAGGUCACCACCACCAACAAGUCAUUGGAGCGCAAUGCCGUACACGUGGCCGCAGUCAAGGGCUAUGUCAGCGUAAUGAAGUUGUUGCUGGACUUCAAGUCUUUGGUGGCCUCGGCCGAUGUCAAUGGCUCGACACCUCUACAUCUCACCAUCCAGAACUGCCCUUCGUACCAGAGCAUGCUCGGAUUUGGCAGUCCGGUCGCAGGCUCCAACUAUGACGCCUACAUGUCGUGCUGCGAGUUGCUGCUGGCGCGUGGCGCAUCCAUCUCAGCACAGGACAACCAAGGUGCCACUCCACUACACAUUGCUGCGCGCCAAGGAAAGAAGAGUAUCGUUGACAUCCUCCUCUUUUACUGCAAGCAACAAAAGAAGAAGACUGGAGCGGCAUCAACUGCGUCUGGUGGUGCAGGAGCUAGUUCAGGCAAGGCCUCCAGCUCCAAGAAGGACUCAAAGGCUGACAGUGUAUUGUUCAUCACUGACAACAAGGGUAGACUACCAAUACAUGAAGCAGCAAUUGGCGGACAUGGAAGCCUUUUGGAAAGCCUGGUGGCUACGAACAAGAAGUGCGCGACAGCCCCAGAUAACAUGGGAAUGACCCCAUUGUGCCUGGCAUCAUUGUUUGGACACUUUGAUUGCGUAGAGCACCUGUACAACUACCAACACAUCAAGUCAAAGCAUGGACAUCAUCAUCAAUCACGUCUGUUUGGCUCGUCUAUCGAUGGCACCAAGACACCAGUUGACCCCCUGGGCAAUGACCUGCGACUGGCACUGGACGGCGACUACUAUGACAUUGUGUUUGUUGUCGAUGGCCGCGAGAUCUUUGCUCACUCUAUCGUCCUGCGUCAGUACAAAUUCUUUAUCGACCUCUUACACAGCCACCGCUCCGUACACGGUGGCCUGCUGUCCACUGGUAGUGGUAGCGCUACGAUGCUGCCGCACCCGCAUUCAUCGCAGCAACAGCAACAGCAGCAGUACUAUAUGGGCACGUAUGGCUCGCAGUACAGCUUCAGCUACUCGCGCUCACACUCGCAGGACUCGUCACUGUUCUAUCACUACAACUACGACUCGUCGUAUGGAGAGGACGACUCGGACUACCACAACAGCAUUGGUCGCAUGCGUACUCGAUCGCGUAUGAAUAGUAUAUUCAACCUCAGCCAGGUGUCCCGUGUACCAAUCACAGAGAAGGGCGUCAGCUACGACCUGUUCAAGGCCAUCCUACACUUUGUCUACACAAGCGAGAUCCCUCGUGAGGUCAUCAGCACACCAGGCCGUCUGUCUGAUAUGCAAGAGGUGGCCGCGCAGUUUGGACUGGAGGCGCUGAGUAACCUUUGUCUGGACACACUGGCAAAGCACUCGCAGGGCAGACUGGGCACGCUCGAGAUGGCCAAGUAUAUGUUGCGCCAGAUCAACUCGCGUCACGCCUCUGACGUGCUCAUACUCUAUGAUGGUGGCGCGAUCCAUGCGCAUAGCAUGGUAUUGGCGAACCGCUCAACAUACUUCAAGCUGCACUUUGAGUCACAUCCAAUGCAGUCGCGCUCUACUAUCUCGUUGUUCCAAUCGACUGGUUCGUCCACACCCAGUGGCUACAACAACAGCACGAUUAGUGGACCCUCUAGCCUCCUGCGCAAGAUGUCCGUAGCAUCAUCAUCCGGUUUCAGUGACGUCGCCCUGACCAACGGCUGGACGAUCGACAUCCCCGACGCAUCACAAAAGGCCGUCAUGACAAUGUUGGAGUACUUGUACGCCGGAUGCAUGCCGUCUGCCUUCCCUGCCAGCACGGCCGUCCCAUACACGGCUGCUGCUGCUGCGGCCGCCAACAAGAGCAGCCCAGACAUGGACGUCAUUGACAUGCUGCUGCUCGCCAAGCUGGCCUACACUCUCAACAUGCCAAUGCUUCAACAGUGUAGCGCCAUGCUUCUGUACAACAUUCUAGACCCGUUCGUUUUGGUGCAGGUCAUCAAGACCGUGUUCACGUUCGAGGGCAACCCUGGUGGAUGGGGCCGUACCACAUCAUUGGAGCCAAUGUGGAGCGUCUGUUUGGACUGGCUGGUGAAGAAGAGCAACUGGGGCGAGAUGAUGAAGGAUAGCGCAUUCCUAGAGUUUGGCGCCAAGUUCAUCAAGGACGUCAAGAGGGAGCGCAAGGGCAGGAAGAAGCACAAAGUCGUGCCAGUAGUCACAAAGGAAAUGAAGGAGAAGGAGGCCAAGGAGAAGGAGAAGGAAAAGGAGAGAGAGAAGGAGGCAAAGGAAGCAAAGGAGAAGGCCAAGGUGAAAAAGGGUGCAUCAUGGUAUGGCAAGCCCAAGAAGUUGUUGCGAACAAUCUCCUCGGCCAAGUUUGUCCAAAAGUCCAAGUCCAGCGGCAGUCCAAACUCAAGUCCGCCCUCAUCCCCAGUACAAAGUACUCCUCCUCCAGCUAUCCCAGAGCAAGACGGUAUCCAGCCACAGCCACAGCCACAACCUCAGCCACAACAACAUCAUCAUCAUGGAGGCAAUAGAUUCAGAUCACUACUCACUCACACAGCAUCAUUGUCCAAGCUUGUAUCCAAGAAGUCACCAAAGCGAUCCAAGUCAUUCGUCGCCUAA